CAUUCCAGUGUAUAUAAAACGCAAUGUCACCAAACGGUGUUGGCAAUAAGCAUGAAGAAGAAAUACCACUUAUAGAUUUUCAGAGCAUGAAAUUCGUCGAGCUUAUAGACAGUGGUGGAAUGGCGGAUAUAUCGCUUUAUGAAUGGAAUAAAAAUGGAUCUAUCUUUUUAGUGGCGAAGAAAAGUCUAUUCCGAGGGUCGAUGGCAUUGAGAUACCGCUCUAAUCUUAAAAAAGAGAUGGCAAUUCUUUCUAAACUUGAUCACGAAAACAUUGUGAGAACCUACGGUGCUGUGCAAACUGAUCAUGAUUUUGGACUUGUGAUGGAGUAUCACAAAUUUAAAUCAUAUUUGAAGUUCUUUCAUGAUUUAAGAGACAAUAUUGAAGAAACGGCAACAAUCGACAAAGUUUUGGUUCCAUUGAAAAUUAAAAUAAUAUCUGAGAUAAUAUCAGCAAUGAAUUAUUUGCACAACAGAAGUCCGCCAGUUUUACAUCUGGAUCUGAAAAGUGACAAUGUGUUGUUGGACAGUGAAUUGCAUGCUAAGUUAUGCGAUUUCGGAUUAAGUCAAAUGAGAACACUGAAUACUUUACGCUCAAGAUCAACAGUGUUAGUGCGUUCCAUUGCUGGAACACCUGGUUACAUUGAUCCACAGAGACUUGCAGAUCCAAAAUUCAAACCUACAACAAAGUCUGAUGUAUAUGCCUUUGGAAUUCUAGAAUGGGAAAUACUAACAGAUACACUCUCUUACGAAGGAAUGAACAACGAACAGAUUGCUAAUCAUGUCAUAAUCAACAAACUUCGUCCGGGGGUUUCUCUUGUUCCUCAAAUAUUUCCUGAUGGAAUGACAAAUAUAAUGGAAUCGUCGUGGGCACAAGAACCGUCCGAAAGACCCACCUUCAAAGAGCUCGAAGACGAGAUAUUUUCUAUUAUAAAGGAUAUUCCGGAUUACAAAGGACAAGUUCGCCAAUCACGAAUUCAAACAUUGGCACGACACAAGCUAAUUGAAAGAACUUCAUACGACACACAAAGUAGCUCGCAAAAUUUGAGCAUUCAAGAACGUCAACCUCACAGCAGCUACCUUAAUGAAAAUAGACGUCAAUUAAACGGAGGUGAUUUGCCACAGAGACCCACAAGUGCCCCCAACUGCAGUGCAGAAACUAAACCUAUGACAGUUGUCGAUUCGAAUGAAAGUCGGAAUUCUAUUGACCAAUCAACAGUUAAUGAAUCAACGCCAUUGCUACUAUCUUCUAGCGCUGUUCCAAGAUACGUUGUGGAAAAGAAGUUUAUGUCCAUAAAGAAAGUUCUUCUUGUUUUGGCCUUAUUUCUGUCAUUCAGUGCGAUUGCAUCUGUUGGAAUUAUUAUCUGGAGAAUAAAAGUAAUGAACGCGCCACACUGCGGUAACAUGAGCGCUCCAUUGCACGGGAAUGUGACGUGUUCAAAUGAAUCAGACAAAUACAAUAAAAAAUGCAAUUUUGUGUGUGAUGAAGGUUACGGAAUCUUCGGAAAACAAACGAUUGUCUGUAUUGGUGGAAAAUGGAACGAUAGAAAACCCGUGUGUGAGAAAGCAUGUGACCCACUCAAUCCGAUAUCUCAUGGGCAAUUGAACUGCACUAAUCAAUUUUUCGUGAAUUCGACAUGCACUGUGAAAUGUCUGGACAACCAUCAUAUCCAGGGCAACAAUACUUUGACAUGCCUACAAAAUGGACGUUGGUCUAAUCCUGAGCCUUCAUGCAACUGUCCACACUGCUAUGUCGGAGAUCAAUGCGAAUAUUCUAUAUCUUGGAAGAACGUUGCUGAUACCCUGCAAUUCAUGAAACCAUACGAAGAACUAUCAGUGAACUAUGGCGGCCAUAUCUCCGUCUGUACCGCCAGAAUAUACAAAUGGUUCAAAUUCCACGGAAUAUGUCAAGACCCAACAGCACGCCAGUCAGGCAGUUGUAGCAGAGGAAGUGGUUAUGAUUCGCCAGCAGGGAGUGCUGAACACGCUGCAGCAGAAUUAAUCAGACAAUUGGUGAAGAGGGAGGUAUAUCCAGAACCCUGUGAUCCUCAAAGCAUGCCAACAGAGUGCUGACUACAGAGGAGGUAUUUUUCAAACAACUGGAGAAAAUCUAUUUCAAAGAGAAGA